UGUCAACGUCAACGUCAGGCAAGCGAGAGAAAGCGAACGUGAGCGUGAUUGUCAAAUCCAAUAAACGACGCCGCAUUUUCAGUGUUUAGCCUUGUUAUAUUCUUCUUAUGAGCAUUUAGUUCUCGAGCAAUGUCUUUAGAUACAGUGCCAAAAGACUUAAGAGGGCUACGUGCCUGUUUGGUGUGUUCUUUGAUUAAGACAUUCGAGCAAUUUGAAUAUGAUGGAUGCGACAAUUGCGACGAGUUUCUUCGAAUGAAAAAUAAUAAGGACAAUGUUUAUGACUGCACAAGCAACAACUUUGAUGGGAUGAUUGCAGUAAUGAGCCCUGAGGAUAGCUGGGUGUGCAAAUGGCAGCGCAUUAGUCGGUUCUGUAAAGGAGUGUAUGCUAUAUCAGUUUCUGGACGAUUACCUGCUGGCGUUAUAAGAGAAAUGAAGAGUCGUGGAAUAGCAUACCGACCCAGGGAUACCAGCCAAAGAUAAUGUGUUGCAUUAAUUCCUAGUAAAAUAAGCUUUGUAUUUAAUUAUUAAUAAAGAAUAUAUAUAAACUUUAA